AUGAAUCCACUGACAGACAAAGUGCUCGUGGCCAAGGAGGCGCUCGCUGUAGCGCUCGGCGACAAUUGGGAGCUCUACCGGGGCAACAUGAAGAACUGGUUUCGCAACCGCUGGACCAAAGAGGAGUUCGACUGUGAGAGUCGCAAAAUUUUGACACCUGAGAAACUGCAUUUGCACAAUCAAUUGUUGCUGGCGCUGCUGAAUAAAAUCGAUGCUUUUGCACCACCCGAAACAGUUGCUGCACUGCAACAACAUCACACCAGCUCAGGCCGCUCAGGUCCCAACAGCAGCAGUAGCCGGAAACGGAAGCGCAGUUCUCGGACUUUUGCCGAACGCUUCACGUUCGAAUUAUGCGACGUGCUUAAUUUUGUGAAUGAAGAUAAUAUGCAGCUCAUACGACCACCUUCUUUGGCUGGCGAUCAACAGGGAAUGCAGCAGCAACAACAGCAACAGUUGCCCACACAACGCUAUUGCGCCCAGGAAUUGUUUCUACCCGAUGCUGGUUUCAUUAUGGGACGUUUUCUAAUUGGUGCCUGGGAGAUUGGCCUCAUCUCUGUGGAUGACAGCGUGGCCGAGUACGUGGCAAUGGCUGUGCAGGUGCUGCUCAAGGAUCUGCUGUCUGCCAUCAUUAAGAAGCGCAAGCAUUACAAGACCAGCGGCGAGGGCAACUUCUACUAUGAUGUGGGGGCCCAGUUGCGGGAUCCAUCGCUGCGUAACACAGUGACAAGGCAAAAGGUGGACGACACGCCGCUGGAGCACGACAAGGAGCUGAACACAGCGAACUUUAUGCGGCGACAAAACGAUGACAUUGUCUUUCUUUCCGCCUGCGAACAAGUGUUGCCCUGCGAACGCACUGUGAUUACGCUCAAGGAUUGCCAGCUCGCUUUUCAAGAUCGUAAUCUCAUUGGUUCCCAUGCUGUCUAUUCCAUCAACAAGGAGCGUCUUAAUAUGAUGAUGCACUAAGAUUGGACUUACCCAC